GUCACGGGAGCUGCGCGAGGAACAGCCCCAUUGGGGUCGCCUCAGAGACGCGGCCGGCAAGCGUGAAGCUGGGGCCACCGGAGCCGAACAGGGAACGGCGUUUGCCGGGGCCGAGGCGGAAGCCGGAUCCUUUGGCGGACCGGACCGCGGGAACCCGGAAACGCCUGGGCCUCAGAGAGGCGGUCCGGGAGACAGAGCCCGCGGGAGCCGGCAGCGCUGCGGGUCAGCGGGCACGGCGGAGCCGGCGGGCUCGGCAGCCUGGGUCGCCCGGCGUCGCGGAGCCUGGAGCUCCAGUGCGGGCAGCUGGCCGAGCCGCACGGCGGACAAAUGAAGAGAAAACAAUGUCUGCCAACCUAAAAUAUCUUUCCUUGGGAAUUUUGGUGUUUCAGACUACCAGUCUGGUUCUAACGAUGCGUUAUUCUAGGACUUUAAAAGAGGAGGGACCUCGUUAUCUGUCUUCUACAGCAGUGGUUGUGGCUGAAUUUUUGAAGAUAAUGGCCUGCAUCUUUUUAGUCUACAAAGACAGUAAGUGUAGUGUGAGAACACUGAAUAGAGUACUGCAUGAUGAAAUUCUUAAUAAACCCAUGGAAACACUGAAACUUGCUAUUCCAUCAGGGAUAUAUACUCUUCAGAACAACUUACUCUACGUGGCACUGUCAAACCUGGAUGCAGCCACUUACCAGGUUACAUAUCAGUUGAAGAUACUUACAACAGCAUUGUUUUCUGUGUCUAUGCUGGGUAAAAAACUAGGCGUGUACCAGUGGCUCUCCCUAAUGAUUCUGAUGGCAGGAGUUGCUUUUGUACAGUGGCCUUCAGAUUCUCAAGAGCUGAAUUCUAAGGACCUUUCAACUGGCUCACAGUUUGUGGGCCUCAUGGCAGUUCUCACAGCCUGUUUUUCAAGUGGCUUCGCUGGAGUUUAUUUUGAGAAAAUCUUGAAAGAAACAAAACAAUCAGUAUGGAUAAGAAACAUUCAACUUGGUUUCUUUGGGAGUAUAUUUGGAUUAAUGGGUGUGUACGUUUAUGAUGGAGAAUUAGUAUCAAAGAAUGGAUUUUUUCAGGGAUAUAAUCAACUGACAUGGAUAGUUGUUGUUCUACAGGCACUUGGAGGCCUUGUAAUAGCUGCUGUCAUCAAAUAUGCGGAUAACAUUUUAAAAGGAUUCGCGACCUCCUUAUCCAUAAUAUUGUCAACAAUCAUAUCUUAUUUUUGGUUGCAAGAUUUUGUGCCAACCAGUGUCUUUUUCCUUGGAGCCAUCCUUGUCAUAGCAGCUACUUUCUUGUACGGUUAUGAUCCCAAACCUGCAGGAAAUCCCACUAAAGCAUAGUCAUGUCCUAUCCCUAAUUGGAUUUCACAAUGGUGCCCUAGGAGCCUCAACAUUAAUCUUGCACAGAGGACUUCUGCAGAUUCUAUGAAGAAAUCAUCAUGCUAAAUCUGAUCACUCUGUUGAGAUGGUUUGAAAAUGUGUAGCCUUCAGGAUGAAAUGUGUACAUCAUCUGCAACCCAAGCUUGGAAGUGUGUCCAGGAAGUCGGGUUAGAGGGGAUACUGGGAGGAGGCCUUAAGUCUGAGCUCGUAAUGACCUCAGCCCUUUAGUUGCUGCAGAACUGUCCAUUGCAGCCUUUGCAAGAGCACACACAUGCAAAUAAAUACCAAGGUUUGCAAGGUAGAUCUGCCUACACUUAUCACCUGUUCUUAACCUUACUCUUUCUGUACAGAGAUAUCAAGUUACAUGAACUAUUUCAAUGGAAAUUUAUAAUCAUCUAUAAAGCUGUGAACAAUUAUAAUUUAAAACCAUUUUCAUGUAUCUGGGAUUUUUAUAUUUAUACAGAAGAUUACUAAAGAAAGGAUUGCUAAAUUUUAUUUGUUUAAUUCCAUAAGACUUGAUGAAGUAGUAAUCUGGGUUUGAAUCAUUUAAAUUUAAUGUAGAAAGAGUCUAUCCCUCUAUGUGUGUCUUUUGACCAUUUACUACUUUGGCUGAAGCAGUUUGGUUCUUUCUACGCUAGAGUAGUCAGUGACUGGCUCUAAUGAGGUUUACCAUCAUUUCCAGUUGUGCUUCUUUUCUCAUUAUUCUCAUUAUUAUCUUAAAUUGAAUCUGUGUGUGUGUUGCCAUUAAAAUUUUUAAAUGAAUUUAAAGGGAUUAAAUACUCAUUUAAUAAUUGAAAAUAAAAUAACUGUCCAGUCUCCAUGUGGAGAAAUAUAAACUAUGAAACAUAUAUUGUAUGUAGUUUUGAAAUGGAGAAUUUUCUUGUUAAUCUGCAGUGGGAAUUUCUUUUAAUCUGCAACUGUUGACAGAAACAACAAUCAGUAUAGUAUAAGUUCUAUCAGUGGACCACGAUCAAACUGACAUUCCCUACUGCAUAAUGUUACUGUCUUUUUUCUUUUCCUUGUAUUUUUGGUUGUGAGCCUAGCCUUUAACAGCUAAGCCAUCUCUCCAACCCAUCUUUUUUCUUUUUCUUAAAGCAUAUUGUUAUUUUUUUUCUUCUUAAGGCAGAUUUUCAUUAUAUAGACCAAACUGACCUUGAACUCACAAAUAUCUGACAGCUUCUGCCUGCCAAGCGAUGGGAUUGGGUGUGGGCUGCUCUGCCCACCUCACUACAUUGUUUUGAGUUGCAUUGUAUUUUAAGUUCUAAGGCUAUUUAGAAGUCUUUAUGUCUUAAAGCCCACUCUCCCCAGAAACCCUCUGCUCAUGUGUAUGGAAGACAGGCCCGCCUUCGGGUCUCCUUUCUGGGAUUCCCAUGAGUGCUCUGGGAAGGAAAAAGCAUUUGCUUUAAAAUAGUAGGUUUUCUUUCUUUUUAACACUGGAGUUGAGGACACAAAUUAUAAGUUAUUUAAUAAUAGAUUCAAAGGAAAGGGAAUAUAUUAGAAAUAGUAAAAUAAAGUGGGAGGCAAAGAUGCGUUAUAUAUUUGGAAUAUAAUUUAUUUAAUUAUUUGACCAUAUGCAGAAUUACCUAUUGAAUAUAAGAUCUAUUUUAUUCUUUCAUUUAUAUUGUAUAUAUUUUAAAACUUUGUUCUAAUAGAUACAAACCUAUAAAAAGGUAACUAUUUUUUAUGUAGUUCCAAUAGAUUUUGUUAAAUGGAGUUUGACUCAAAAAACACUAUUGUUAAGAACUGUAAGGUUUCCUUGGCAACCUUGGAUUGGCUAUUUGAUCUUGCCAGAGCAGAUGUACUUUCAACAAUGAACGUGGCUAACCAAUUCCAUUCAGAGUUUCAAAAAGUGAUAGACUGUUUAACGUCAUUGCUCCAGUGAGGAUAAAGUGAUCGCAGGCUUUCUGAGUGCCAGGUUUGUGGUUUUCAGUGAUCGCCUUUAGAGACUGAGUAACUAUUUUGAUCAUGGUGUGACUAAGUGCAACCCAGAUCUUGCAAAUUCAAGAGGACAGAUUCAUGUUCUGUUCAUAUUAAAGCAUUGUGUGGGCAAGUGUGGAUUCAAAAUUAAUGGUUACUUAGUUCUAGAGUACCCUGUCUUAACCCUACAGAGUCAGACAAAGAAGCAAUUGGAUGGUAAGGUUGUUAAAGUUAUAGUACGUUUUAUGUGUCUGCAAGUCUUUUAUGCAUCAUUUAUAGUUUUCUUCCCUAGUCAGUUAAACAGUAAUUGGGCUGAAUGUAUAGUCUAAGGAAAUACUAACAUUUGGGGGAAAUGGGCUUGUAACCUAGACUGGGUCAUAGAUAUUGAUGCUGGAACUUUGUGUAAUGUAGUUUGUGUUUUGAUGACAUUCAAAAGUAUUAUUGUGUCAUGCUUUUAUAAUAACUCAUCAACUAUUUAAACUUUAUUCUCUUAAAUGGUGUACUUGUUAUUUCUCAGCUGCUUUCCCUAAAUGAGUGUGUGAGCUCAUGGGGAAGAGUGCCAGCCGAGGGCUGUGUUAGUCAGGCACAGUGCACUGGGAAAGAGCUCCAUGCCACAGGCAAGCCCCUCAGGGCGGCAACAGCAGCUCUUUACUGAUGGCUCUCAAGUUGUGACAGAACGUAGACUUUAAAGAUUCAGAACUGAAAUAUUUACAUCAAUUUCUGUGGAAUGACACAGAAUUUCAUAUCAAGGAAAGGAGGCUUGAUAUUUAAACCACAGUCUAUUAAGAAAUUCCAAAAGGAAAUUAAUUGACAUUCUGCUCUAAAUCCUAAAAGAGAAUACUAGACUUUUAAAAUGUCAUUAUACUGUCAUUCAACUGAAGUGUUUUGGUUUUGUUGUCUUUUUGAGGUAGCAUGUUAACUAUGCCGCCCUGGCUGCCCUGAAACUUACUGGGUAGACCAGGCUGACCUGGAAGUCACAGAGAUCUGCUGCCCUCUGUCUUCAGAGUGCUGGGACUAAAGGUGUGUGCCAUCACCCCAUUUGAGUUUUGUUUUAUUUAGUUUUUAAAGAAAGGCUUUAAUGCCAUUCAUCCUAUUUAAACAUUCAUUGUAGAAUAUUUGAUUACUAUAUCUUUCCACGGGAUUUACAAAAAAAGUAAUUCUGUUAUAUUGAAAGUCAUCUCAAGGAUCUCCAAGAUAUUUAAAGAAUUUAUAGGGCCAAAGAAAAUGCACCUUUAUCACAGUCUGGUCCUGUGUGCCUUGUUUUACCAAACAAAUACCUGGCCUUUAUGGAGAAUAUUAGAGAAUUAACAACUUUAGACAUAUAC